UGUCCGUUCUGUGAAUCUUUUGACUUUUUUGUUAUAAUUAAAUUCUUAGUUAUAUAGACAAGCCAGUAAUACAAUUUCGAGAGAAUUACUCACUAUAAUAAAUGUAGUGGCUAAGUGAUUGGUACCUAAUUUAUUUGAAGAAAUACCAAUUGACGAAAUGGAUUUAAUUGAAACUAUUAAAAAAGAUAAAGCAUAUUUAAAAUGUAAAGCUGUUGUAAAAAAUUGGGAAAAGGAAUUUAAAUUAAAAAACUCUAGAUUACCGUCGAAAUUCGAUAUAAAGGAAGCACCUGCAAAUAUUAAAUAUGCAUAUAAAAAAUACUUUCAACUUAAAAGUGCAGCUCUUGAAGAUUCCUUGUCAAUUUGUGAUUUUGAUGAUGUUCCUGUGGAAUCUCCAGGUUCUCCAAAAAUUAUAGAAUGGCAAGCAUUAAACAAUGAAGCCUAUGAAAAUGAACAAGAAAAAUCUAUACCAAAAUUACCAAGUGCUCAAGAGUUAGAUAAUAUCUUAUCAGCAACAUCAACAAAAGAAAAUAAUUCAAAACUAAGUCCUUAUACUGAAAAUUUGUCAAAAAAGUUAUUUCACAACAGUAAAUUUUCACUGCGAAAUCCGAGAAAAUUAUCAUUAUCAAAACGUUUAUCGCAACAAACAAGCAUUGGUUUUGAUGAUUAUAUAGCUCCAUUAAACAAUUCAAGUACAUUGAUAUUGGAUGCAGGAAAUAUGUCAGAUUUAAAAGAAAAAUUGAACAAUAAUGAUACCCAAAUUGAUUUUAAGGAAUCAUUUUGUACAGCAAAUAAAGUGGAUACAAAAUCUGAUAGUAGCAAAUUUCUUCAAAAUGACUUUGAACAAAAUACUUUUAAAGGUAUGUUUUCCUCAAUUAAUGUAUUAAAAGAUACGUCUGUAAGACAAAUUAAUUCUGGUUGGUUACAAAGAGCCAUUGGACAGAAUGUGUCAGAGAGUAUUCAGACUACAGAUAGAAGGGAAACAUUCGGUUUAAGUAAUGUUGUAAAGCCAAGCAUCUCUGAGAAAACUACUGAUUAUGUUGAAAAUAGUGAAUCAGAAGAUGAAAAUAUAACCCUUAGUAAAUUAAAACCAGCUCUUAAGAAAAGAAAAUUAACAAAUAACUUUGAUGAAAAUAUUGAAAGGCAUGAUAACAGUGGUUUUGAGUCAAAAGAUGCAGACAAAACUCAAGUUCAACAAAAUGAAAUCAAAUCUAGGUCUAAAAAUUCCAAAUUAAAAUGUUCUCAAAAGGCAAUUCACAGUGAAAGUAGCAAACCACCUGAUAUAUCAGAAUUUUUACCCUUUGGUUUAAAAGAAAAAGUAUAUCCAAGACAUUCCAAUGUUGCAGAUAUCCUUAAAAAAAUUAAUGAAAAGUCUAAUGAAUCUCAACCAACUGAAGAUAAUUUAGAAGAUAAACUACAUAGAAAGAUGCAAAAUGGUACAAUUAAUGAAAACUAUGUGAAAAUUAAUAUAGAAAAAAAAGUUUAUGCAAGGGGGAAAAAAUCGAUCAAAUUUUCAAAGUAUAAAAAGCAGUUGUGGAAAGAUAAAAAAGCUCUUCAUGCUGGUAUGGAAUUUCCAGAAUCAGGUAAAGUUACAUGUUUUAAGUGUGGUUCUGGUGGUCAUAUGGCUCGUUACUGUACUGCACACAAAGAAAAUGUAUUGUUGCCCUUAGACAAUUGUGAAGAAGGAGACAUUCCCACUCUUGAAGAUAUGGAAAAAAUUGUAAAUAAAAAGUCAAAUGAAGUCAACCUUGAUGAAGAAUUACAUACCUGUGUAUUCGAGGCUAGUAAAAUCCCAGACAGUUUUUUAAAAUUACUUGCAAAUACCUCUGAGAAUACAGAUGUUAUAAAACCUAUUUUAUCCAAACCUGAUGAAACUUCUGAAGAUUUGCAUAAAGCUCUGCAAUUGUUUGGUCACAGUCAGUUUCGCCCUGGACAAGAAAAAGCAAUUUGCAGAAUUUUAUCAGGGUUAUCUACACUGCUAAUAUUAUCAACUGGCAGUGGAAAAUCAUUAUGUUACCAAUUGCCUGCAUAUAUUUAUAGCACUUACUAUAAGUGCAUAACAUUAGUAAUAUCCCCACUUGUUUCAUUAAUGGAAGAUCAGGUACUUAGCAUGCCUGAAUUUUUAAAAGCAGGAUGCUUACAUACAAACCAACCUCCUACACAAAGGAAGAAAAUUGUGGAAUUACUUAAAUCUGGGCAAAUAAAUAUACUUCUUAUAUCACCUGAAGCACUCGUCUCCAGUGAUAGUUCAAAUGGUUUUGCAGGUUUGUUUAAAUCAUUACCACCAAUUGCAUUUGCUUGUAUUGAUGAGGCUCACUGUGUAUCUCAAUGGAGUCACAAUUUUAGACCAAGUUAUUUAAUGAUUUGUAGAGUAUUGCAAGAAAAAUUAAAUGUUAAGUGUAUACUUGGCUUAACAGCUACAGCUAGCAAACCAACUAUCAAAAGUGUUAUUGAGCAUAUUAAAGUACCUGAUGGGGUGGAGGGUGUUGUUACUAAUCCUUCACUACCACAAAAUCUUUUUUUAUCAAUGUCCUAUGAAAACGAUAAAGAUAAAGCAUUAGUUGCAUUAUUAGGAUCUGAGAAGUUUAAUUCUUUUCAUUCAAUAAUAGUUUAUUGUAUAAGAAGAAAUGAAUGCGAAAGAAUAGCAGCUGUAUUAAGAUCAUGUUUGUCUGAACCUGGUAAAAUUAACAUGGAGCAGCAAAAUAAAAAACGUAAAAGGAUGUCUUAUAUUGCUGAAUCAUAUCAUGCUGGAAUGUCAGCUGCUCAACGGAAGAAAAUACAAAAACAUUUUAUGGAUGGCACUUUAAAAAUUAUUGUUGCCACAGUGGCUUUUGGUAUGGGUAUAAACAAAUCAGAUAUACGAUGUAUCAUUCAUUAUAAUAUGCCACCAAGUUUUGAAUCUUACGUUCAAGAGGUAGGAAGAGCUGGACGUGAUGGACUUCCUGCAUAUUGUCAUGUACUAUUGAGUAGUUCUGAUAAUGAUAAAGAUGAACUACUAAAACAUGUUUAUUCUAAUUCCAUUGAUAGGCCAAUUAUUAGAAAAUUACUUGAAAAAGUUUUUAUUCCUUGCAAAUGUGUACCAGAAACAAUAUCAAAUAACAGUAACUCAACAAAUUCAUUAAAAUGUAAUGGACAUGAAGUUGGUAUACCAAUAGAUAGCACAGUAGAAGAACUAGAUUUACCUUCUGAAAAUAUUGCAACAUUACUGUGUUAUGUUGAAUUGCAUAAAAAAAAAUAUAUCAAAGUUCUAAAUAAUGCGUAUACAAUGUGUAAAAUAUCAUCAUAUGGUGGUCCAACAAAAAUACUAGAAGCUGCCAAAGGUUGCCCACCUCUUGCUAUGGCAUAUUUAGUUGAAGGAAAAAGAAAUGCUAAUGUAACAAAGCAAAGUGUUCUAGAAUUUAAUGUAAUUGAAGUUGCUGCUGCUAUAGGAUGGGAAAGUGGAAUGUCAAAGUAUCACUUAAAAAACUUAGAGUGGACUGUGAAAGAUGGAGUUUCAAAACGCUCAUUUUUAAAAGUAGAAUUUCACACUCUUGGUUUUCGAAUAAAAGCGCCUGGAGAUUUAAAUUCAUCUGAACUCGAUGAAGUUUUAGAUGAUUUACAUAAAAUUGUUCAUGGUCAAGAGAAAAAAAUGUUACAUCAACUUGAAGAAAUCCAUAACUCUUUUCAUCAACUUUGUACUAAUUCCUUCAGUGUAAUAAGUUCCUCAGAUGAGAUACUAGAAGAUAAAUCAAAUAAAUUAAAAAAAAUAAUUGAUAAUUAUUUUGAUAGAGAAGAAAAUUUUCCUGCUCAUAUAAGUUUACAACCACGACCAUUGCAUUACGAACAAGUGGCAGCUGAUGUGAGGGCGCUAAUUGCUACGUACAAAGAUUGUAAAUUCACAGGUAGAAGCAUAGCAAGAAUAUUUCAAGGCAUAUCUUCUCCGAACUAUCCAGCCUUGGUAUGGGGUCGUUGUAAAUACUGGCGUUCACAUUUAUCUGAGGACUUUAAUGGUUUAAUUAAAAUUGCGACUCAACAAAUCAUUCAAAUGAAAUUGUAAAUUUAAAAAAAAUAAAUUUAGGAAAUUA